GUCUUCUUCUUCUACAUCUACUGGUAUUAAUUUACCGGUCCUUACUGUUUAUGUUUUUGGUCUUGUUAUUGAUGGGCCUGUAGUUGCUUUAGCUGAUAUACUUGCUGUUGUUGCUGCUGUUGUUACUGCUAAUAUGCUUGUGGUUGUUGCUGCUGGUAUGCUUGCGGUUGUUACUGCUAGUAUGCUUGCGGUUGUUACUGCUGGUAUGCUUGCAGUUGUUGCUGCUGGUGUGCUUGCAGUUGUUGCUGCUAUUGUUCUUAUGGUUGUUGCUACUGUUGUUCUU